GCUUGUGUAACUGUCUGAGAUAAGAUAAAAUGGGAAUGCUGUGAUUGGAUGUUACAUGAAAUGGGAUUGCUAACAGAACAGACCACAGAUGCUUGUUAUCACCUGGUCUCAUGAGUUUUUCCUUGGACUUGAUCUGGAAACAGACAGACAAAAUUGUCUGCACAAUGCCUGCGGUCUGCCACGUAAAGGAGGAGAGAGACAAAUGGCACAUCCAGGACCCAGCCAGCCAGCGGCUCACCUGGAAUAAACCACCUGUCAACGUGCUGGUCAUCAGGAAAAUCCGAGAUGAGAGCCUCAUCGAGCCUUUCAAAGAGAUCUGCAGGUUUCUAGUGGAGGAGAAGCAGAUGAUGGUGUACGUGGAACGCCGGGUUGCAGACGACGCUACACUGUCAAAGGACGAGGCAUUUGGCUCCAUCCGCAAUCAGCUCUGCACUUUCAGAGAGGGUUAUGAUGAUAUCUCUGACUGCAUAGACCUGAUCAUCUGUCUGGGUGGAGAUGGCACUCUGCUCUACGCCUCCUCUCUCUUCCAGGGCAGCGUUCCUCCGGUUAUGGCGUUUCACCUCGGCUCUCUGGGUUUCUUGACGCCUUUCAAAUUUGAGUCAUACAAGACCGAAGUGGCCAAAGUGUUUGAAGGCAAUGCAGCCAUCACUCUGCGCAGUCGUCUGAAGGUGAAGGUGGUGAAGGACAUGCUUCAAAGAACAGGCCAGGAGUCGUACAGCAGAGAGCCACAGCAGCUGCAGCAGGAACACAACGGACUCCUUCCUCAUGGACACACCAACAGCGAGGCCGGCAAGGUGACCCUCCAGCUACAGGUGUUGAAUGAGGUGGUGGUGGACCGAGGCCCGUCCUCCUACCUGUCCAAUGUGGACUUGUACCUCGAUGGACGGCUCAUCACCUCAGUGCAGGGAGACGGUGUGAUUGUGUCCACACCUACAGGCAGCACAGCAUAUGCAGCAGCAGCAGGAGCCUCCAUGAUCCAUCCCAAUGUACCCGCCAUCAUGGUCACGCCCAUCUGCCCACACUCGCUCUCCUUCAGGCCCAUCGUGGUCCCUGCUGGGGUGGAGCUCAUGAUCACCUUGUCCCCUGAUGCCAGGAACACUGCCUGGGUCUCCUUUGAUGGCAGGAAAAGACAGGAGAUCCAGCACGGGGACUGCAUCAAGAUUACGACAUCUUGCUUCCCAGUUCCCUCUAUCUGUUGCCAUGACCUGGUGUAUGACUGGUUUGAAAGCCUGGCUCAGUGUUUGCACUGGAACGUACGCAAGAGGCAAGAGCGACUAGCGGACAUCUCGGACUCAUCAGACACCGAAAACUGAAUCGGCGGAUGCUUUUGGUGGUGUUUCUUUUUCAAAUUACUGUUAAAUUAGUCCUUUGAAUAGCAUGUUUAAUGAGCAUAUUGUGUAUAAAGUAUUUUAUGCAUUUGAAAAAGCAUCUCAUUACAUUCCAGUACAAACCCAAUCUGUCACUUAGGAUUAUGGGUAAGAAACACUAAUAAAUAAGAAAAAGGACUGUAAAUGUAAAUUUGUACAUACAGGAUUGAAAUAUAUAUGUAUAUAAUGUCAUAUGUAUGUGAUAUUUAUAUAAAUUGGAGCUUAAAAAGACUUACAACUGAGUUUCUAUUACUGAGCCAGCCGAAGACUACUGCUUGUAAUUGUUCUGUACAAAACACAUCCUGCAUUGUGCAAUCCAAAGCCCUCUUUCUGUAUGUUCUAACAGGAACUGUUAUGUACAAGUUAGAUUCUACAAGUCAGAUUGCAUGUUGAACAAAACAAAAUGGAAUGAGUUGGAGAAACUUACACCAGUCACGUUGCUUUCAUAUGCUGUCAAUGUGAAAAAGUAGAAAAAUAAAGAAACCGAAACU